AUGGUAGAUUCAACAGUUGGUGGAAGCUUAAUGGACAAAACUGCAGAUGAAGCUGUCAGCGCAUUUGAAACAAUUUGUGAGAACUCUGAGCAUUGGGACUUUCCUACAAAAGAUACAAGAGUUGCACCUACAUCAUCGACACAGAAAGGAGGCAUCUAUGAAGUUAGUGCCAGCACGAGUUUAGAAGCACAAGUUGCAGCUCUCACAAAACUUCUCACGCCACUAGUACAGAAGGAGAUGCUCUCUCAACUCUUGAAGAAAUCAGACAGAUAUGAACAAGAGGUUGCAUCACUUAAACAAAGUCAAUCAGUGUUGGAAAAGAGUCAAUCCAAAUUCGAAGUUCAGUUGGGACAAAUAGCCACUACUUUGAACAGAUUAGAGAGAACACAAGGUCAAUUUCCAAGCCAAACAGAAGCCAAUCCUAGAAAUCAUGAUCAAGUCCAAGCUAUUACUACUCUGAGAAGUGGAAAGGUGAUUGAUAAUAAGAUUGGAAAUUCAGAGAUCACUGAUAAAGAAGAAGAUGAGGUCGUGACAAAACCAGGGCAGCAACUUGAUCAGCAAUCUGAAGACUCCUUGAAGUCUGACAGUCACGCUGAGUCUGUGAACCACACUCUUCCUACUCAAAACGCAGACACUCAUGGUCCUCUACCCUUCCCUCAACGUAGUAGACAGGUUCGAAACAAUAAGUAUAAGGGAGACAUUAUGGAGCAAUUUAAGAAGGUACAAAUUAAUAUUCCUUUGCUUGAGGCUAUUAAACAAAUCCCUUCAUAUGCAAAGUUUUUGAAGGAUAUUUGCACCAACAAAAGGAGGUUUGAAGAGCAUGAAAAAGUGAUGUUGUCCGACAAUGUGAGCGCUGUACUUCAAAGAAAGUUGCCACCCAAGCUUCAAGAUCCUGGGAGCUUUACAAUCCCGUGUACCAUUGGAGAGAGAAAGUUCGACAAAGCUUUGCUUGAUUUGGGGGCUAGUGUGAACUUAAUGCCUUAUUCGGUAUAUGAACACCUUGGGCUAGGGGAAUUGAAGCAUAUCUCUAUAUCUCUACAAUUUGCGGAUCGCUCUGUGAAGUACCCAAGAGGGAUUGUUGAAGAUGUACUCAUCCACGUUGAUCAAUUUAUCCUCCCUGCUGACUUCGUCGUCUUGGAUAUGGAAGAAGCUGAAAUUUCAGGUCGCGAACUCCCUCUCAUCCUUGGCAGACCCUUUAUGGCCACGGUAGGUACAAAAAUUGAUGUUAAAUCAGGUUUACUAACCAUGACUGUGCAAGAUAUUACUGUCAAAUUUCAGGUCUUUGAAGCUUUGAAGAGACCCAUAGAUCCUUACGAUUGUUUUCACGUCGAAGUUAUGGAUUGCAUUAUAGAGAAGACAUUCAUUGAAUCAAGCCUAAAAGAUCCGUUGGAAAUAUGCAUCUCACAACAUGGCAUGAGUUUUGAGAAGGCCACCAUUCUUGCAGCAGAGGAAGAUCUCAAUGCU